AUGGAUAUCAACGAAGAGGAGCGCUUUCAAAUCCUCCAGCUUUACUCAAAAAAGCUUCCACUGGACUCCAGUGUCGACCUGCAAGCCAUAGCUGCAUGGUGCAAUGGAUACGUUGGAGCAGAUUUAGAAGCUUUGUGUCGGGAAGCUGCAAUGUCCGCAGUUAGGAGAUCAUCAGACACAAGCAAAGAUGGUUUAAUAUCUAGCUUAACACUGGACGACUGGAACCAUGCAAGAUCAGUGGUCGGUCCAAGCAUAACAAGAGGUGUUACGGUCGAAAUCCCUAAGGUGUCGUGGGAUGAUAUUGGAGGUCUAAACGAUUUAAAGAAAAAACUUCAGCAAGCGGUUGAGUGGCCUAUUAAACAUGCUGAGGCAUUUGAGAGGUUGGCAAUAUCACCAGUACGUGGGGUUCUUCUACAUGGACCUCCUGGAUGCUCAAAGACUACCCUCGCCAAGGCUGCCGCGCAUGCUGCUCAAGCUUCAUUUUUCUCUUUGAGUGGUGCAGAAUUAUAUUCGAUGUAUGUUGGAGAAGGAGAAGCUUUAUUACGGAAUACAUUUCAAAGGGCUAGACUUGCAGCACCUAGUAUAAUAUUCUUCGAUGAGGCUGAUGUGGUUGCUAGCAAGCGAAGUGAUAGCUCAAGCAACAGCGCUGCUAUUGGUGAGAGACUUCUAUCUACUUUGCUAACUGAAAUGGAUGGCUUAGAACAGGCUAAGGGAAUUCUUGUAUUGGCUGCUACAAAUCGUCCACAUGCUAUUGAUGCUGCACUCAUGCGGCCUGGUCGCUUUGAUUUGGUUCUUUAUGUACCACCACCUGAUCUAGAAGCUCGCCAUGAGAUAUUGCGGGUGCAUACCCGUAAUAUGAAGGUUAGCGAUGAUGUUGAUCUUAGACAGGUUGCAGAAGAGACCGAUCUUUUCACUGGUGCUGAACUGGAAGGCCUUUGUAGAGAAGCUGGAAUGGUAGCUCUUAGAGAAGAUAUCACCGCAGCAGUAGCUCUCAAUCGUCAUUUCCAAACAGUGAAGGAAUCAUUAAAACCUGCAUUAACUAGAGAAGCAGUCGAUAAGUACGCCUCUUUUAAGAAGAACCCUUAUUCUAAGUCGAUAAAGGAAUGCAGACUGAACCAGAAGCAGCAGCAGACAAGCAAGUUUCCAGAAAACCUAAUGAGUCAAUUAAAAGUUGGGGCAAUAACCUUUGUACUAGUAUAUGUUGGUUGCCGUUUUCUGAAAAGCAGAUCGUACAUGAAAAUAUAGUUCCCGUCAAGUGAGCACAAGCAAAAAGAUUAUUGGCUGUAUAGCUUGUACUCAA